AUGCCAGACGAGAUCCCUCAUGCGCAGCUCAAACGACGAGCGUUUAGCGCCCGCCGCAUCCAGUGUCCCUACCCAGGCUGCAAACGCUGGUUGAAAAAUUCCUCUGGGCUGAAACUUCAUCAAAGCUCGGCCCAUAGCCACUCGUUUACCCAUCCUGGAUCGCAACGCACACAACACGCCUCUGUUGAAGAAAUUGAAGAUGAAGAAGCUCCCAGACGCACCAACAAUGAGCUCUGGGAGUCGAAGCAUGGACUUAUUCGUGAUUAUCAUGAGACGCUGACUGGUCGUAUUUGUGACGAGAAUGGCAACUUUGUUGACCCUGGCACUCCUCCUCCACCAUACACAGCAAAAAGUCCUGACGACUGGACUCCGUAUCGCAACCGACUGGAAUUUGAGUGCGCAGAUUUCAUGUACACUGAAAACCAGAUGUCCGCUGGUGAUAUAAACAAGAUUCUCUACUUGUGGGGAAUCACUCUCGCUGUUCAUCGUGACAAUCCACCAUUUGCCGACUACAAGGACCUGUACAAUACUAUCGACGCAACACCGCUAGGCGAUGUCGCAUGGGAAAGCUUCUCCCUGAAGUACAAUGGCGAUAAACCUGCUGGAGAGUGUCCACUUUGGAUGGAACAGUCGCACGAGGUUUGGUUCCGGGACCCUCAUACCGUCGUCAAGAACAUGCUCGCAAAUCCAGAUUUCAAAGGUGGAAUUGAUUAUAUGCCCUACCGUGAAUUUCAGGAGAAGGAUGAGCAACGCCGCUAUAAGGAUUUCAUGUCAGGAGACUGGGCCUGGCAGCAAGCAGACCAAAUUGCACAGGACCCACAAACGCAUGGUGCGGCUUUCGUUCCCAUCAUUGUAGGCAGUGACAAGACGAUGGUGUCUGUCGCUACUGGUCAAAACGACUACUACCCUCUAUAUCUCUCGAUUGGGAACGUUCACAAUAACGUCCGGCGGGCGCAUCGCAACGCAUUGGCUCUGGUUGGAUUUUUGGCGAUCCCUAAGAUGGAAAAAAGAAAUACAGAUGAACUUGGAUACCGCAAAUUCAAGAAGCAGUUGUUUCACUCCUCGUUGUCCAGGAUCUUCGCCAAUCUCAAACCUGGAAUGACAACUCCAGAGGUCACACGGUGUGGCGACGGACACUACCGGCGCAUUAUAUAUGGCCUUGGACCCUACAUUGCAGACUACGAAGAGCAGGUAGUAUUGGCGUGCAUGGUCAAAGAUUGGUGUGGAAGAUGCCUUGCAUUUCCCUCAAGUCUUGAUGAAGGAGGUGUUUCUCGGUCACGCGAACAUACUGAUGCGCUUGUGGAUUCUAUAGAUUUUGGUAUACUUUGGGACGAGUAUGGUAUCAUUGGCGAGUUAGUGCCCUUCACCAACAACUUUCCUCGUGCCGACAUUCACGAGCUCCUUGCCCCCGACAUACUGCACCAGCUCAUCAAAGGAACCUUCAAGGACCACCUUGUUGAAUGGGUGGGUCAAUACCUCAAACUCACGCACGGCAAAACACGCGCCAAGGCGAUUUUAGAUGAUAUUGACCGAAGGCCUGUCUAUCUACCAGCAAUCGAGGGCCACGUACCAGAUGAUAUGUUCUGCUACAUCGUGCGCGCGAACGUAGUGACGGACGACACUCUCGCAGCGCUGAAAGAUGCCCUUGGGCGUUUUCAUACUUACCGGACUAUUUUCCAGACUACUGGUCUUCUCAUCCGAAUGUUCAGUGCUCCGAACGGCCUCUGCUCGUCAAUCAUGGAAUCAAAACAUAUCAAGGCGGUAAAGCAACCAUGGCGACGUUCAAGCAAGUACAACACGCUCAGCCAGAUGCUCCUUACCAAUCAGCGCCUGGACAAAGUCGCUGCAGCAAGAGUUGAUUUCACAACACGCGGCAUGCUCAAAGGGUCUUGUGCCUUCAGCUACUACAAUUCAUUUGUUGAGAAUCCCUCAUAUAUCGACAACGACAAUGGAGACCCAGAGGUCCAACCAAACCCAGCGCAUGCAGGAAGCAACCCCUUUGCUAUCGAGAGUGACGACUUUGACGAUGUUGAGGAUCAGGGUGUUGUAGAUGACGUGGAUGUCAUUGCUGAUGUGCAAUUAGCACGGACCUUUCAACGAAAACGCGCCCGUACCGUUGCUGAUCUCGCAGACGAACUCGACAUCCCAUCGUUCCCGACCCUCAUUCGCCUCUUCCUGUACGACCAAAUACACGCGGACAACCACCAUUCUUCUGCCGAUGUCCCCCUUCGCGACUGUCCAUCCUACACGGGACCAAUCAAGAUAUUUCAUUCAGCCGCUGCAACAUUUAUCGCACCCAGUGAUCCGAGUGGAAUCACUGGUAUGCGCCGUGAGCACAUUCGCGUUGUGCCUUCGUGGCGCAAGGGACCAGCUCGCUUUGACUGCGCCUUCGUCAACACGGACAAUAGGCAUGAUGGAAUGUUGAGCAUGGAUGUCGUUCGAAUAUUCUGUUUUUUCUCUUUUACUUUUACUAACAGUCACACAUACCCAUGUGCCCUCGUUCAAUGGUUCCAUCGCAUCGCCGAGGAACGAGACGAGCUCACAGGAAUGUGGAUGGUGGCACCGUCUUUCAAUGAAGACGGCUCUCGCGAUUUGUCCAUCAUCCAUAUCGACAGUAUCAUUCGCGGUGCUCACUUACUCCCAAUAUUCGGUACUCAGCUCGUACCACGCGGCCUUCGAUUCUACGAUUCUCUGGAUGUAUAUCGAGGAUUCUACGUAAAUCGGUUCAUUGAUCACCAUGCUUUCGAGCUGGCAUCUUAAUAUAUUCAUUUUUUCUUGC